GGAAUCUUCUCUUGAGCUCUCCAAAUGAGAGCCAUCAUCUUUAUGGGAGUGUUGCUGAACUUGGCCUUAGGUGCCAACCUCCACCUCAACCCUCGCCUCCCUUCACUCUACCCCAAACUCCUCCGCUGCUAUCGAUGCAUCCUGGAGACCAAGGAACUAGGAUGUGUUUUGGGCUCUGAUAUCUGCCUCACAGCCAAGGGUGGAGGCUGCCUAACUACCAUUAUUCACUGUGGCAGUAAGGAUGAAGUCAUCGUAAGCGACUGCAGGGCGAAGGAUCGGCUGUCAGAAUGCUCACUGUCACUGGCCUCCCCUGUGCCAGGUCUUUGGGUGUCUUCUCGAUGCUGCCUUGAGCCGCUUUGUAAUUCUCCACCUCUCCGUGACCAGACCUUGUUGCAGAAUCAAGAUAAAAAUACUAGUGUUGUAUUGGAUUUCCUCAUUCCCAUUCCUACCUCUAAAAUCACCACCACUCAUUCUCCCACAAAACCCCUCAACCAGCCAAACUGAAUGGCCCUCAGCCAUUCAAACUCCUAACUAGCCGUUUCUGAGAGCUCCCUUAGAGAGAGCGCUGACCCUACUUGGCCCCAAACCUGAUCCUGUUUUAGAAUACAGCUAGGGAUCUUCAUUGCGAUGGGAUUCCUUGUACCUUGCCCUGGGAGUUCUGUCAGGAAGACUCAAGUUUCAGACUGUCCCUCAAUUCCUCCCCCCACCCCCAAUCUCAUUCUGCCCACAAGUUUCCUGUUCAGAUUCUCCAAUACAAUCUAAGUCAAUUCACCACAUUCAUGAAACAUCUCAACUACAUGUAGUACACUAUUAGGCUGUCUACCACCCCAAGAUGAUACAGAUGAUAUAGACUCAGAGCCAGGAGAGACUGAAGAGGUCAUCUAGCCUCCCUAGCCCCCAAACGUUUUACAGGUUGCCUCUCUAGAUCUCAUUUUCCUAAUCUGCAAAGUGAAGAAAGCCCUCAGAGUUGUCAUGCAGAAAUCAUUUUGUCAACUAUAAAACUAUGUGAAUUUUAAUUAUUAAUAAAAGUCACAUCAUCAUUGGCAAAGGUCAGGACUAGAGCACAUACCUCCCAAGUUCCAGCAGACUAAUGGCUCUUUCCAUUACAACUUCCUUCUGUACUGAAUCAUUUGAACUUUUAUCUCCACUUUUCCCCGUUAAUGAUGGAAGAGGGAGAGUUGGUAAUGUCUCUCCACACCUUAGUCUUUGCUCUAAUUUUACUCCAUAAUAAAUUGAUG